ACUGAAGUUAUCGGUGUACGCACUGCAUAUGCCCAGAAUCCAAAUUCAAUGCUUCAGAGUGAAUACAACAGUGUUUUUUUUGUUUGUCGUAAACCUUGGGAUUCCGUGAAAUCUGAAUUUUGCUAGCACGGCUGAACUCUUCUAAAAACUUUUCCUGUAUUUACAAUAACUUUUUAGAGUAAAAUAAUCCUAAACCUUGAUGCAUUUUUAUGCCCUUAUGCAUGAUUAAGUUCUGAAGUUGUUUUUUUUUUUUUUCAAUUUUGUCUGUUCUUUUUUUACUCUCUCGGUUUUGUUUUUUAAUCUCUGUAAAUAUAUGCAGAAAUACAUUUAAGAUGACAUCAGAUGUAUGAAAAAA